UGAAGGGAAGCCAGCGUCCGUCGGCUCCUGUGCCCCGCUCCUCAGUCUCGCAGCGACCGCGAUGCCAGGAGGCGAGUCGCGCGCACACUAACGAUUCCCGCCGCUAUCCCAGCGCCCGCAGCGCCCGAAGCCGAGCCCGUGCCCACGGUACCGCGAGUGCCGCCAGGUGACCAGGGUGAGAAGCCUCCACGGGCUGCCGAUGCCCGGACCGAGGCACUGGCUUUGAGGCCCGCGAGUGCCGAAGAGUGCCGAAGAGGGCCGAGACGCCGAUGACGCCGGCCAGGAGGCCCGGCACCGAGACUUGGCCGCAGCCGAGGCGACCUGCUCGCGAGGCACGAUGCUGUCGGCGCAGUCACCACCGUCGUCGCCGCCGUCACCGCCGUUCACGCUGCCGAUCCUGCUGAGACUCCUACUGCUGCCCCUGGCGGCGGUCCUCGCCUCGGACCACGCUGAGGUCAGAUGUGGACAGCCAGCGGUGCCAAUGAACGCGAGGGUCGCCUUGUCCGAGGAGUCGCUCAAGGUCGGCACCACCGCCACCUACGCCUGCGACGUGGGAUACGAGCGCUUCGGCACAAAUACCCUGACCUGCAGCAACAAAGGAAAAUGGCAAGGAGAACUACCUUUCUGCGGUGUUAACGUCGGCUUCAGGAAGCCAACCAACCAGUCAACGACGGUCCGUGGGGGUGACGCCGGACACGGGAACGACGGCGACCUCAGCACAGAGCACGAUGGCAAGAGAUGCACCGAGACGCAGAGCGAACCGAGUCCCUGGUGGAGGGUCGACCUGCUGAAACCCUACUCGGUCAAGGUCGUGCGGGUUACGACGAGAGGCUGUUGUGGUCAUCAACCCCUGGAGGAUAUCGAGAUCCGCGUGGGGAACAGCAGCGCCGAGCUCCAGAGGAAUCCGCUGUGCGCCUGGUUCCCGGGGACGAUCGAGGAGGGCAUCACGAAGACGUUCGCGUGCGCGCGCGCUCUCAUCGGCCAGUACGUGUUCCUGCAGCUGGUCGGUGUCGAGGGCAGCCUGAGCCUCUGCGAGGUCGAGGUUUUCGCAACGGACGAAUUCUCGGUGGAUAGGUGCGCCCACGCGGGGACCCCGGCCGACGCCGACCUCGCCGCCUUCAACUCGACCUGCUACGAGUUCGUCAUCAACAAGGGCGACUCGUUCCAAGAGGCGAGGAGCUACUGCCAGGCGCGCGGUGGCGACCUGGUGCACGGCUUCAAGGGCAUCUCGUCGACUUUCAUACUGAACAAUCUCGAGAGGCGAAAGAGCAAGUUGAAGACUCAGCUGGUCUGGAUAGGAGCACAGAAGGAGCCGCUGAUAACAGUGAGAACGUGGAAAUGGGUUGAUGGCGAGGUUAUUCAAAAGCCUCACUGGGGCAAGGAUCAGCCCAAUAAUUACAACGGCGAGCAGAAUUGCGUGGUCCUGGAUGGCGGACGAUCCUGGCUCUGGAACGACGUUGGCUGCAACUUGGACUACCUGCAUUGGAUAUGCCAAAGCAAGCCGUCGACAUGUGGAACUCCCGAGAAGCACGAAAACACGACGAUCGUCCAGAUGCGAAGAGCACUGGGCUCGACCAUCGAGUACGUCUGCCCUGACGGUUACAUGCUUCUCGGAUCGAAAAAUAGAACCUGCGAACUCACCGGCUUCUGGAGCGGUACACCGCCGACAUGCAAAUUCGUCGAUUGCGGAGCUCUCGAAGAGCCGGACAACGGCACCAUCAGCUUCGUUAAUGGCCGAACGACUCACGGGGCUUUUGCCGAUUAUACCUGCAAGGAGAAUUAUACACUGGUAGGGGAUGCGAGACGCAGAUGCGGAGAUGGCGGGAUCUGGAGUGGCCACAAGCCUCAGUGCUUGUUCGACUGGUGCCCGGAUCCACCCGAGGUUAACGGCGGCAUCGUCUCCUUUAGUGGUAAACGUGCUGGAUCGAAGGCUACUUACUCGUGUCAGAAUGGUUUCGUACUUUUCGGCGAUAACGUCCUGACGUGCGACAUUGGCGGCCAAUGGUCGGAUAAAACACCGCAGUGUCGUUACGUCGACUGUGGCGCCCCGGCCAAAAUUUCCCAAGGCGCGGUUAAGCUGCUCAACGGUACGACCACCGUCGGCAGUCUCAUCGAGUAUACCUGCCAGGACGAUUUCUGGGUCGACGGGGAAGCCCGACAAGACUGCACCAAGGAAGGAAAAUGGAGCCACAAGACGCCCCAAUGCGAACUAAUCACUUGCGAGGAGCCCGAAGUCCCCAACGGCAGCUACGUCGUCGGCUACGAUCUCUACAUUCACAGUAUCAUCGAAUACCAUUGCGAGGAGGGCUAUCUGCUGCACGGCGAGGCCAAGCACACUUGCGACAAGAACGGCGACUGGACGGGCGAGCUACCGUACUGCGAAUACAUUGACUGCGGUAAGGUCCUGCCCGUGCCCAACGGCUCGGUCGAUUACGUCAACGGUACCACGUUUUUAGGGAGCGAGAUCGCCUACAGCUGCACCAAAAACUACAGGCUCAACGGCAGCUCGAGACGCUACUGCUUGGACAACGGGAUUUGGAGCGACGCCACUCCCAAAUGCGAAGAAAUCAGGUGUCAAGAGCCAGUCCUGGCCAAGCACGGCAUCCUCUCGCUGACGGGUAACGACCGCAUGUACGGCAGAACCUUGAUAAGAACGGGCACGGCCGAGAACUCCAAUACCGGCGCAACUUCCUACAAAAUCGGCGCCCUCGCCAAGUACAGGUGCGAGCGCGGCUACAAGGUGGUUGGCGACUCGCUAUCCACCUGCGAGGACAACGGGAAGUGGAGCGGCGAGGUGCCCCAGUGUGUUUACGUCGAUUGCGGCAGGCCCGAGGACAUCCAGCACGGACGCUACACCCUCACCUCGAAUGUGACGUAUUACGGAGCCGCGGCACUCUACGAAUGCGACGGCAAUUACGAGCUCGACGGCUUCGCCAGGAGACUCUGCCUUGAGAACGGCACCUGGAGCAGCGAGACGCCCAUAUGCAAGGAAAUAAAAUGCAAGGAGCCGGAUAAAAUUGGAAUGUCGAGCACGCAAGUGUCGACUCACAGUGUCGGAGGCGUGGCUCAUUACAAUUGCCCGAGGGGAUAUUUCAUGGAGGGUAACGCCACUAGGAUUUGCUUGCAGAGCGGCUCUUGGAGCGGUCGGGCUCCAGCUUGUUUCGCCGUUGAUUGUAAACACCCGUCGUUAAUCGAUAACGGCAGAGUGAUCGUCGUUAAUGGGACGACGACUUACGGCGGAGCAGCCGAGUAUCAUUGCUUGCCGCAAUUCGAGAGAGUCGGUCUCUUUCUAAGGAAAUGUCUGGAUAGUGGACUGUGGAGUGGCGAGGAGCCUAGAUGCGAAGAAUCAGGCAAUGAAAUCGCCGAAGCUCAGGGUGUUGGCACGAGUGUCGGCAUCGCGGCUGGAGUAAUAAUAAUCAUUUUAAUUAUAAUUGGUCUGGUCUACCUACGAUUACGUAAGGCGACACCUGUUAAAAACACGGAGAACGUCCAAGCUGCGGAGCGCAAGGAAGACCAAAAUGCAGCCGUUAUGUCUUACGCGACGUUAAAUGACGGCACGCCGAACUCAAUGUACGAAAAUGUUCCUGAAGAUGGUCUAUAUGAUCAUCCAUACAGCAUAAAUGGCAGUACCUAUGGAUACGGCUCAGGACAAGGAAGAAGGAAUUACAACAGAUCUGGACAUUACGAGGCAGAACCUGUAAUCAGGAAUGGAAUUACCAUUAACGGAGUUGCCGUUAGAUAGUUUAUAAUGUGGUAUUUAAUAAAAGACCA